UUUUUUUUUUUUGCUUCGGCUUCCCUGCCUCAUUGAACCACCCUUCGCGACUGAUAGGAAUACACAGGUAGCGGGAGGUGACUAUUUAUUCAAUUAAUAAAUUUUCUCCCGAAAUCACCAACGGGUCGGAGUGGUGUUUUAUAGUGCCAUGCUGACCUUACACGACGCUAUAAAAAUAUUACGCAAUGAUUAUAAACUCAAUCAAUUUUGCACUAUGGAGGUAUACAAUGCAAAUCUUCGUAAAAACCCUGACGGGUAAGACUAUCGCCCUCGAAGUGGAGGCUUCAGACACUAUUGAGAAUGUGAAGGCAAAGAUUCAGGACAAAGAGAGCAUCCCGCCAGACCAGCAACGUCUUAUCUUCGCCGGUAAACAGUUGGAAGAUGGCCGCACUCUCACAAACUACAACAUUCAGAAGGAAUCCACAUUCCACUUGGUGCUCAGGCAGACAGGAGGAAGAUGUUCGUAUUAUCCACCUCAUCGUGAACUAGCCCAGAAGCACUUAUUAAAGAAAAUGAUUUGUCGAAAAUGUUAUGGUCGUCUUCCCAUGGGUGCAACUCAUUGUCGUAAAGCUAAGUGUGGCUACUCCACUGACCUACGUCCCAAAAAGGUACCUACUCAUACCUGCUACUGUGGAAUUUGGAAGUUUUUAAUAAGAAGUUCAACAAAAAAUGUAUAAGGAAUAUUGCAUUUGAUGGUGACACCAUGGUAUGUCGACACCAUCUUUAUACAAGUUUAGUUUUUACUCUCAUUAGCUUAUAACUUAUACUGUCUUCCACCAGCGGCUUCCUUAUGCAACUGCUUCUCUAACCUGCAUAAAAUCGGUAUGGGUGUUAUUCAGAUGAAGCAAUAUUAUCUAUUGCAAAAUUUUAUUAAAAUCCGUUACUCAGUUUGCACACCAGAAGCAACAAACAUAGCACUCACAAACUUUCGCCUUUAUUGUGAUUUAUCUUGUUGUUCUCAGAUGGCACCAUACAUGUGGUGAAAUUGUGUGGUUGUCUUUAGGUCCUAUAACAUGUAUUGGCAUUUCAGAUGCUCGUAAUAUAAAAGAUUAUUAUUUAAACCCUAGCUUAAGUGUAAGCAUCCUAAAAGUAUGAUAAUAUCAAGGUAAAAUAAAUGAUGUAUUUUUUUUA